AUGUCGCUCCUCCUGGCGCACUUGGAGCAAAUCUCGACGUCAUGCGAAAGCAUCGUCAGUCUUCCUUUCCCACCUCCCAAAAUCUUCACCAACGCCCUCCUCUCCAACCACGACAUCACGUCCCUGAUCCGCGACACCGAAGCCCACGAGCGCGCCCUCUUCUCCGUCCCUCCGCCUCCCCCCAAACCCACCACCCAGGCGCCCGACCCACCGAAGCCCGCGAACCGACGACAAACCAUCUUCAACGUCGCCGGCGGCGAGGUCACCACCGGCCCACCAGCCAACUCGACGCGCAGCAGCGGCCCGACGCGCCGUAACACAGCCGUGGCCGCCGUCCUAGGCGGGGAUCUUCACGCACAAAUAACGCGACGAAACGCUAGCGGAAGUGGCGGCGGCGGCGGACAAGGAGGAGGUGGCGGAGGCGAACUCGACAUUGAGGUGCUUUUGCGCGGCGCCGAGAAGCUAUGCACUGUAUACCCCUUGCCAGGCGCGCUGGAGAGGAUACCGGCGCAGCGACGAAAGAACGAUCAGUUGAUGAACACGCUGGCGUACUAUGAGGCUAGGGUGGCGGAGCAACAAGAGGCUUUGGACAGGUUAAACCUGGAGCGCUAUGCGGAAGACGAGGAAGAGGAUGGGGCUGCUGGCGGCAGAGAGAGCGCGGCUGCUAACGAUGUGAUGACGGAGGAAGAUCUAAGGAGGGAAGAGGAGGAGAUACGCGAUCUGGAUCGAAAGAGGAGGGAGUUGCAGGCGAGGUUGAGAGCCACGGAGCGCGAUCUCAAUGGGUUGAUGGAGUUUUGA